CUAUUUUGCCGCCUAUAUUCUAAAUACAUAAACAGAAAUAAAACAGAAAAAGGAGCGUACAAAAUGAAUAAAAGAAAAGAUAGUUCACCACAAAAGGCAUCUAAAAAAUUAAGAACUGACACUUUUUUAAGACCUCCAUUACCUGCUAUAAACAGUAAAAAUGAUACAUUAAUAUUUCAAGAAUUGGAGCUAGAUUUUUAUCUGGGUCAGGUAUACCCUGGUAUGCCCGGCCCUCAAACUGGUACAGUACCUAUUAUUCGCUUAUUUGGAGUUACUAAAAAUGGAAAUAGUGUUUGUUGUCAUGUCCAUGGAUUCUCUCCAUACUUUUAUGUUAACAUGCCUGACAAUUUUUCACCCAGUGAAUUACAUGCAUUUAAGAAUAAGUUGAAUGAUGCCGUUUUAGCUGAUUCUACUACUGCAAAAGGAAUUACAUCUGAAGCAGUUUUAAUGAUAGAACUGGUCCAAGGAAAAUCCUUAGUAGAAUUUACAGGAUAUGAAGAUCAAACAUUUGCAAAAAUUACUGUAGCUCUUCCAAGAAUGGUAGCAGCAGCAAAAAGAUUAAUUACCACAACAGCUGUCUAUCAACCUUUAGCUACACAUGCCUUUCAUGCUUUUGAAUCAAAUGUUGAUUAUGAAACUAGAUUUAUGGUAGACACAAAUAUUUUAGGUUGCUGUUGGAUAGAACUACCAGUAGGGAAGUGGUUUGAAAGGCCUAUUCCAGACUUUAAAAAAGUAUCAAGAUGCCAAAUAGAAGUGGAUGUGUCUUGGAACGAUUUUAUUGUUCAUGCACCAGAAGGGGAAUGGUCUUCUGUAGCCAAAUUCAGAGUACAUAGUUUAGAUAUAGAAUGUGCUGGUAGAAAAGGUAUUUUCCCUGAACCUAAUGUAGAUCCCAUCAUACAGAUAGCCAAUACAGUGGGUUAUCAUGGAGAAAAGGAUGUUGUUUAUAGAAACAUAUUUACAUUAAAAUCUUGUGCUGCUAUUGGUCAUGCUGAUGUCUACAGUUUUGACACUGAAGAAGAAAUGUUGCAAGAAUGGGCAAACUUUGUAAGGGCAUUAGAUCCUGAUGUUUUUACUGGAUAUAAUAUUAACAAUUUUGACUUUCCAUAUCUUAUAGAUCGAGCAAAGCAUCUGAAAUUAAAAGGAUUUAACUACUUGGGUCGUCUUUUAGAUGUACAAUCUGUGAUUAAGGAAACAGUUACACAAACCAAAAUAGGCAAAAGAACUUACAAAUCAAUAAACUUUGAGGGGCGAGUACCAUAUGACAUGCUUUUGGUGGUAAAAAGAGAUUUUAAAUUAAGAUCUUACACAUUAAAUAGUGUUUGUCAAGAAAUUUUAGGAGAACAAAAAGAAGAUGUGCAUUACAGUAUAAUUACAGAUCUUCAAAAUGGUGAUGAACAAACUCGAAGGAGAUUAGCUGUAUAUUGCUUGAAAGAUGCAGAACUUCCCUGGAGGUUGUUAAACACAAUAUUAAGUUUUACCAAUGAUAUAGAAAUGGCAAGGGUAACAGGAGUUCCUAUAACAAGUUUGUUAACAAAAGGAGAACAAGUAAAAGUAGUGGCUCAACUGUUAAGACAUUCCAGGCAAGCAGGAUAUUUCAUGCCCACACAUCAAGGAGCUCCAGGACAAGAUCAAUACGAAGGAGCAACUGUUAUAGAACCUAUCAGGGGCUAUUAUACUGAACCAAUUGCAACACUUGAUUUCAGUUCUCUAUAUCCCAGUAUUAUGAUAGCCCAUAACCUAUGUUAUACUUCCUUGCUUAGGAAACCAAUGAAAGAAAAGCUUGGCUUAACAGAUGAUCAAGUAACAUCCACUCCUGCAAAUUGUAUGUUUGUGAAAUCCUCAGUGAGACCUGGAUUAUUACCUCACAUUUUACAACACUUAUUAGCUGCAAGAAAGAAAACCAAAGCUCUUCUGAAGGAUGAGAAGGAUCCUGUAGUAAGAACUGUUUUAAAUGGAAGGCAAUUGGCUUACAAAAUUUCAGCAAACUCAGUAUAUGGAUUUACUGGUGCACAAGUAGGCAAACUACCCUGCUUAGAAAUUUCAGGUAGUGUAACAGCUUAUGGUAGAACUAUGAUAGAACAAACAAAACAGGAGGUUGAGCAACAUUAUAGGGUUGAAAAUGGGUAUGACUCUGAUGCUAAAGUAAUUUAUGGGGAUACUGAUUCAGUAAUGGUUAACUUUAAAGCUAACACUCUAGAGAAAAGUAUGGAAUUGGGCCAGGAAGCUGCAGAGUUGGUGAGCAAGAAAUUUAUAUCACCUAUUAAACUUGAAUUUGAAAAGGUUUACUUCCCAUAUCUACUCAUCAACAAAAAAAGAUAUGCUGGACUUUAUUGGACGAAUACAGUUAAAUAUGACAAAAUGGAUUGUAAAGGUAUUGAAACUGUACGCCGAGAUAACUGUACACUAGUAGCAGACAUUAUCGGUACGUGCCUUCAAAAAUUGCUGAUAAAUAGAGACCCAGAUGGAGCUGUAAAUUAUGCUAAACAAGUCAUAUCAGAUCUUUUACAAAACAAUGUAGAUAUCUCACAGUUGGUUAUUACCAAAGAAUUAACUAAAUCUGAUUAUGCAGCUAAACAAGCUCAUGUCGAAUUGGCUAAGAAGAUUACCAAAAGAGAUCCAGGAAAUGCUCCAAAAUUAGGGGAUCGUAUUCCAUAUGUUAUAGUUGCAGGUACAAAGAAUGCAAAGGCAUUCGAAAAGGCCGAAGAUCCUAUUUAUGUGUUAGAAAACAAUAUUCCAAUCGAUUCAAAGUACUACUUAGAAAAUCAAUUGUCCAAGCCUUUAGUAAGGAUAUUUCAGCCCAUCUUAGGCGAUAAUGCUGAAUCUAUACUUUUGAGGGGAGAACAUACAAGAUCCAAAACUAUGGUAACGUCGAAAGUUGGUGCUUUGUCUGCUUUUACGCAGAAAAAAGAAGUUUGUAUUGGUUGCAAAUCUGUGUUAACAAAAGGUUAUGAACAGGAGGCUGUGUGUGCCUAUUGCAAACCUAAAGAAGCUACUAUUUACCAACAGGAGUUAAGUCAUCACAGAAUGUUGGAAAAUAGAUUUGCUUCUCUUUUUACAGAAUGUCAGCGAUGUCAAGGUUCUUUAUAUGAAGAGAUUUUGUGUACGAGUAGGGAUUGUCCUAUUUUUUACAUCCGAAAGAAGGUUCAAAUGGAAUUAGAGACAACCAAAUCAAAGAUUUCAAGAUUUGGAGAACCUAUUAUUAUUGAAGAAGAUGAAUAAAAUACUUUUUAUUGUGUAUCUUUUUUAAAUUAAUAUUGUUUAUAGGUUUCGACAUUAUAUUUUGUUUACUG